AUGGCCAGUGUGAUAUCAAACGGGUUUCGAGAGGAUUGUUCAGAGUUUUUGGGUGAUUUCGCGAAGUUGGGGAUACCAGAUUAUAAGACUUUCUGUAAAGAAUGGAAACGAUCCAAUAUGCAGUACAUAUUUUAUGGGCGCAACAGCGACGUGGAAAUGGCGGAAUUUAUAUCGGAGGUUUUUUACACAGUGAAAAAGUUUUUUUUCAACUGCAAAGACCCAUUGGAACGUAUCGGGGCUUUUUAUCUCCUUUAUACGCUCUAUUUUAAGCAGCCAUUAUUCAUGUUUUGUAAGAUACGUCUGACAUUAUUGGAAUGGAAAAUUAUGAAGAAUUUUGCAAAAAUUCCUUACAAUGAUCAACAAUUGCAUCAAGUUACGGUUAUAUUUUGGAAGCUGUUUAAAUCGGAUGCAUUCCGGUUUGUGCAGGAUGAAUUGGAACAAGGAUUUGAUAGAUUUUUUCAUAAAUACGCGAGUAAUAGUUUCGAUACCGUCGGUUCGUUUAGAACAAAUAAGGAUUUGGAAAAAGAGCUUCAAAGUUUAACAUCUUCUAGUGGACUAAUGAAUGCGACGGAAAUUCUUGAAAUGGGUUAUAACGAAAUGAAGGAGGCACUUGAUGAUGGAGAAUGGUCAUCUAACGAUUCGAUUGGUGGUGAUAAAUUACCUCAAUCAAAUUUAAUGGGAAACCUACGUAAUGACAUCAAUUCUCUGCUUGAAAUGUUGGGCAGCAUCGAACAUCCGACAAUUUCUCAAGCAAACCCCCAGGGAACCAUUGUAGGUGAGGCUGAUUCCAUGGGGGCCAAGCGUUAUUCGUUACGUAGAAAAGCAUACACCCAAGCUGUAAAAAAAAAGGUAUAUCGUAUCACCGGGCGUGACAGCCCACAAUCUGAUGAAGUUGAUGAUGAUGUACCAGCAGAAAAAUCAGUUGUUGGUGCACCUGGAGCUAAAGAAUCUAAACGUAGAGGUUUUAGAAACAUUCGUCGAAAAACAUCUAACCUCAGUGACAACGAUGCGGAAGAUGAUUAGAUAAGAAAACAUUAAAUUCUUAUGUUGUAUGGAACUAUUUUCAAAUACAUAAGCAUUCUGCUCUAAAGUUAUGUGAAAAGAAAUAAUUUAUUCAAGGA